AUGGCGGGAAACUGCUCCUUGGAGGCUCAUCCCACUAACAGGAACAAGAUGUGUCCCGGCAUGAGUGAGGCCCCAGAGCUCUACAGCCGAGGCUUCCUGACCAUCGAGCAGAUCACGAUGCUGCCACCGCCAGCCGUCAUGAACUACAUCUUCCUGCUUCUCUGCCUGUGUGGCCUGGUGGGCAACGGGCUGGUCCUCUGGUUUUUUGGUUUCUCCAUCAAGAGGAACCCCUUCUCCAUCUAUUUCCUACACUUGGCCAGCGCCGAUGUGGGCUACCUCUUCAGCAAGGCCGUGUUCUCCAUCCUGAACACGGGGGGCUUCCUGGGCUCGUUUGCCGACUACAUCCGCAGCGUGGCCCGGAUCCUGGGGCUCUGCAUGUUCAUCACCAGCGUGAGCCUGCUGCCAGCCAUCAGCACGGAGCGCUGCACGUCCGUCAUCUUUCCAGCCUGGUACUGGCGCCGGCGGCCCAAGCGCCUGUCGGCUGUGGUGUGCGCCCUGCUCUGGAUCCUGUCCCUCCUGGUCACCAGCAUCCACAAUUACUUCUGUGUGUUCCUCGGUCGAGAGGCCUCCCGGCCGGCCUGCAGGCACAUGGACAUCUUCCUGGGCAUCCUCCUCUUCCUCAUCUUCUGCCCGCUCAUGGUGCUGCCCUGCCUGGCCCUCAUCGUGCAUGUGGAGUGCCGAGCCCGGAGGCGCCAGCGGUCUGCCAAGCUCAACCACGUCAUCCUAGCCAUGGUCUCUGUUUUCCUUGUGUCCUCCAUCUACCUAGGGAUUGACUGGUUCCUCUUCUGGGUCUUCCAGAUCCCCGCCCCCUUCCCAGAGUAUGUCACCGACCUGUGCAUCUGCAUCAAUAGCAGCGCCAAGCCCGUCGUCUACUUCCUGGCUGGGAGGGACAAGUCCCAGCGGCUGUGGGAGCCGCUCAGGGUGGUCUUCCAGCGGGCCCUGCGGGACGGCGCUGAGCUGGGAGAGGCUGGGGGCGGCACACCCAACACAGUCACCAUGGAGAUGCAGUGCUCCCCUGGGAACGCCUCCUGAAAGGCCAGCCCUGGGCAGGGAGCAGCCGGUGACCUCCAGAGACCUUCGCCACCUCGGGUGGGGACAGGAAUGAGCAGCUGCCUCACUGCUCACACCGGAGGAGAAAGGUCUGUUUCUAGUCCCUUGCUCCUCCUUCUCCCUGGGCUGGAGGGUUCUGGAGUGGCUGAGGGACUGAGCAGACCCUUUCAAACAGACCCUGUGGUCCCCACCUGGCUCCCACAGCCAAUCUGCUACUAAAUGACCCAACUUCCUUGGGAAGAAGUUGCCCCCAAGUGGUGGUCAGGGAAAGAGAAGAGGUGGUCACCCAGCCCAGUCCACCUUUGCCCUUUUGGUCAUGACAUUGAACAUGACCCAGCCAACACCAGCCCCACCAGGCCAGCAGCCUCAUCCUGCCAUUGGGGGCUAUUCUCCCAAUUCCGUUCCCUGGAGGCAGCAUCAGUGGAAGCGGGCUUGACAGCAUCCUUGCCCCUUUGACAAGUGAUUUAGUGACUUUAAUGGGGGAAUUUCUGGUCCUUGCAAGCCUCUGGAGACAGAAAGGAUCUUCGGUCACCUUGGGCAAGUGCCUGCCUUUUCUGACCCUCUGCUGGCCAAGUCCUGGGCAGCCCCUGGACAGUCUCUUGGCUCCAGCUCCCACCUGAAAGUGGACUCUGGCUCUGCCCUGGCCACCCAGAGACAGGCACAGUGAUGCCCACCUGCAAGCACAGUGGUCGCAUAUAGCCAAAGGAAGUUUUAUAAAAGACAAAGAAAUGUAUACCAAUAAACAUUUU